AGUGCUCUUACACGCUGAGCCAUCUCACCAGCCCCCUUUUUAUGUUUCUUAUCUUGAUGCAGGGUUUAGUAAGUUAUACAAGCUGGCUUUGAAUUCACUCUGAGGCCUUGGAAUGCCCUUAACCUGUGGUUCUCCUGCUUUCAGUCUCUCUUGGUAGAGAAUAAUAGAAGAAUGCCAUAACAAAGUAAAAUCAAGUGUUUAAAAAAGAUGUGACAUUAUUUAUUUAGUAGUCACAUUAUUGACUACUAAAAGUAUCUUUUUACCUCCCUAUGUGAGGUUGUACUUAGUUGAAGACAAACAAGCAUUUUAAGAUGUUUGGGUUGAGUUGUAUUUUGAGGGGGGGAUUGUUGUUUUUAAAUUUAAUUUUGUGUGUGUCUGUUGGUUGAGAAUGUACACAUGAGUCUGGUGUCUACAGAGGUCAGAGGUUUUGGAUCCCCAUAGAGCUGCUUGGGAACUAGACUUAGAUUUUCUUAUAAGCAGCAAGUACUCUAAACUGAGCUAUCUCUUUGGUCCUGGAGAGGGAGUGUGUAUACAUGCACACCAGCUACACCAUGCAUAGAGAUCUGAGGACAACUUUCAGGAGUCUGUUCUCUCCUACUGUAUGGGUUUGGAGGAUAAAACUCAGGUUAUCAGAGGUUAUCAGGUUUGGUGGCAAGAACCUUUAGUCACUGAGCCAUCUUGAAGGACUUUCUCUCUCUCUUUCUCUCUCUCUCUCUCUUUCUCUCUCUCUCUUUUUUGGAGAUGAGUCUUUCUGUAAAGGUCUGGUUUGUCUGGAAUGUGCUUUGUGGAUCAAGCUGGACUUGAACAUGUGGCAAUCCUUACAUCUGUCAGUUUCUGGGAUUAUGGAUAUUUGUCAUAUCUAGCCAAGGAUUGAAUUCCAUUGUCAGAUAAAUGCAGACAUUUGUGAUUUGCCUAAAGUAGAAAGAACUUGGUGCCUUUCAUAGAUAGAGGAAAGGAAAUAAAGAAUGAAACCAAGUCAACAGUCAAGCAUUAAGAAAUUAGAGCCAGGCAGUAGUGGUGCAUGCCUUUAAUCCCAGCACUCGGGAGGCAGAAACAGGUGGAUCUCUGAAAGUUCAGGGCUAGCCUGGUCUACAGAGUGAGUUCUAAGACAGCCAGGGCUAUAGAGAGAGAGAGAGACUCUGUCUCAAACUGAAAGAGAGAAAUUAUUUGUCUAUGCUCCUGGUCACCCACAGUCAAUAGUAUCUGUGACUACAAGAAGAAGGCUAAGUCAGGCCUACCUUAGGCAUCUUGUGGACUCUGUUAGAGAGUUGUUUUGCUUUCUGGAAAGAUUAAUUUUUUAAGUGUUUACAUUAAUGCUGUAGGUGAUCAUGUUUCUGUUUCCUAGGCGUAGACAGUGUAAUGCCUCAGUUCCUUUGGGAAAGAAAACUCCCUCACAGAAAAGUCUGGUUUAGAAACAUAAAACAUAAAAGAUGAAAUUUACCUUGUGUAAUUUCUCUAUUCCUAUAUAGUAAUCAAGUCAUUGAGUGGAAUAUGACCAACUUUAAUUUUUUAAAAUUUAUCUUAUAUAUAUGGGUGUUUUGCCUGCAUUGUAUCUGUGCACUGUUUCCAUGCCUGGUAACCUACCUCAGAGACCAGAAAAAGGAAUUUGAUUCUCAGGAACCACAGUUAUAGAUGGUUGUGAACCACCAUGUGGGUGCUUGGAACUGAACCUGAAUUUGUUGGAAGAACAGCCAAUGCUCUUAACCUCUGAGUUCUCUCUUUAGUUCUUUUGCUGCUGUUUCCAAUCAGAGUUCCAUGUAGCUCAGGUUGUUUCCAGGCUCACUGAUACAGAAGUAUGACCCCCUACUUCUAAGAUGCGCUCAGUUUUACAUAGUUUUACAUAGUGCUAGGGAUUGAACCAGAACUUCCAGUGUGCUAGGCAUGUAUUCUGCUAACUGAUCUAUAUUCUCAGCUACAUUUUGUCUUUCUUUUUUCUUUUUUUCUCUUUCUUUUUUUUUUUUGGACAGGGUUUCUCUGUGUAGCCCUGGCUGUCCUGGAAUUCACUCUGCAGACCAGGCUGGCCUCAAACUCAGAAAUCCCCCUGCCUCUGCCUCCCAAGUGCUGGGAUUAAAGGCGUGCACCACCGCCCGGCACAUAUUAAGUCUUAUUGAAUGAACACAUUAAGGGAACUUAUUUUCAAAAAAGUGCUACUCUGUAUUUAGUUUAUGUUAAGUACAGAAUGCUGGGGUUGAGGCCAGAGCAUGUUGUAAGUGGCUCUGUCACAAAGCCAUAUCUUUCAGUUCUUCCCCAAAUAACCUUUUUUUGUAUUGGAAGUUUUGUGUGUGUGUGUGUGUGUGUGUGUGUGUGUGUGUGUGGUUUUGUUUUUGUUUUUUUAAAUCCAUUUGUAAGUGUUCUUUGAGACAGGGUUUCUUGUAGCCCUGGAUGGCUUAGAACUUGCUAUGUAGACCAGACUGGCCUUGACCCAUAGAGAUCUGUCUGUCUCUGCCCCCUGGAGAACUGUGAUAGGGACCUAUUAAAUGCAGCUUGUCCUGUCUGAGAAUUACAGUAUGUAUAGCUUUGGUAUAGAUGCGAUUUUGUGUGUGUGUGUAUUUUAUUUCAUUUACUUAUUUAUUCAGGGGCUGAAGAGAUAGCUCAGUGGUUAAGAAUGUUAUAAAACUUUUGCAGAGGACUUUAUUUGGGUGCCUAAUAUCUACAUUGGGUGGUUCAUAUACUCCAGCUUCAGGGAUCUGACACUCUCAUAUAGCUUUCUGGGUGCUGUACAUGUGCACAAAUCUACAUACAGAUACACAUAAUUAGUGGUGCUUGUCUUUAAAUCCCAGCACUCAGGAGGCAAAGGCAGGCAGGCAGAUCUCUGUGAGUCAAAAGCCAGCUUAGUCUAUGUAGAUUUCAAAGCUAACAAUAGUGAGACCCUGUCUCCAAUCAAGCUCUCUUCCUGGUUCCCUCUUUUCUACCCUCCUGACUCAAGUCUUAGGUCUUCUUACAUGCUAGGUAAACAGUAUCAAUGAGCUAUAUACCAAUUCCCAGUUUUCUGAAAAAAUAAAUUUAAUGCAUUGCUUUGGAAAACAUCUUAAAAUUGAGUAUAAUUUUGUUUAUUCACUACUUUAGGAACUUUGCUAUUGGAGAGAAAUAAGGGCUUUAAGGGACAUUCUCAUAGGUUGUGUGACUAUAUUUUGAUUUUUCACAGGAUCAAAUGAAGCAGGCACUUGAGGUGGUGUAUUGGUGGUAUGUAUUAGUUGAAAAGUACUCACUGGGGCUGGAGAGAUGACUCAGUGGUUAAGAGCUCUUACUGUUCUGCAAAGGAACCAAGUUUUGAUUCCCAGCACUCACAUCAGGCAGCUCACAAUGGCUCCGGCUCCAGCUCCAGGGGAAUUGAUGUCUUCUGGGCUCUUUGGGCACAUGCACACAUGUAGGAAACACAAAUUCAUGCAAGCUCACACACAUACUUAUACAUAAAAAUAAGCUUUUUCUAAAAAGUGUUCUUGGAACUAAGGGUUCAUUUAACAUAUAUAAAUAAAGCUUUGGGUACACACACAGGAAAGAAAAACAGAAGUAGGAUGAAGCUAUAGCUCAUUGGCAGGGUACUUCUUGUCUAGUAUUUAUGACAUGUCACAUUACUAGCUCUGCUAAAAGUAAAACUCUUUAAGUGUGAGUAUGCAGAUGCCAUUAUACUACUCGGAUGUAAAACUUCCUUGUGAUUGUGUUAGUUCUGGCUUCAACUGUCCUAAAUGUCAGUUGAUAGAGCUACAUCAGACCUGUAAAUAGUUUCAGAGAAAAAAAAAAACCUGAAGCUGGGUGUGUUAGAUGACACCUGUAAUCCUAGCACUCAGGAUGCUAACACUGGAUUGAAGAUUGUUGCCAGCUCAGACUAUAGUGUGAGACUUGUCUUUUUUUUUUUUUUUUUUUUUUUUUAAGAAAAGAUUUGGUCUGAAUGUGGUGGCACAUGGAUUUAAUCCAGCAUUGGGAGGCAGAGGCAUGUGAAUCUUCUUGAAUUUGAGGCUAGCCUGGUCUAUAUAGUGAGUUCUAGGACAGCCAGAGCUACAUAGUGAACCCCAUGUCUCAAACAAAGUUUGACAAAUAUUUCUGCUGGUUUAUCAAUACCUGUCCUAUAGUACUUCAAGUAAGGAUGAAGAAAAGUAGCUUGACUCUGACUUAAAGUCCCAGUAAUCCUAGCACUCACAAAGGCUAUCAGGAAGAUCUUGAGUUUGAGGGUAUGUAGUGUGUGUGUGUGUGUGUGUGUGUGUGUACCAAAUAAGGAGGUUGAUACUGUGUCUUUGUUUUAUAGUAUUGAGCACACUUUGUAUUGGUUUUGUGUUUUUUAGAGCCUUGGAAACUAAACAGUUAAAGCAUCAUGAUUUGAAAGGAAACUAGCUCUCAUGAAUGAAGGCAAAUUCUGGCAGUAGGCCAGAAUAGUGGGGUGGGGUGAGGGGGGGUUAGUUAGGAUGGGAAAAAUAACUGACUUUUGUACCACAAAUGACUAUUUAAAAUUAAGAGAUAAUUUCAUGUCCUGAGGUUAUAAACCGGCUACAGCUGGUGUGUCGUCGUCCCCCCCCCCCCGCUAGGCAUCAUGGGUAAAAGUAAGCAUUCCCCUAUUUCUUUUGUUUAAUAUAACAGUAACACGUGAUUGGCAGAGCAGUGUAUCCACUUGGAGACCAGGUUUGUGCAGGUCUCUCAUAGGGGCUGCUUUGCAUGGGGCCAUCUCUGAGAGCCCCUCUUACUAUAGGAAAGACACAAUACGAAGGAGAAUGAGGGACCCCCACAAGGCUGGGGGGGAAAAGGGGGAAGAAACGAGCAGUCUAAAUCAAUUUCUCCUUUUCUUCCUUUUAUGUCUAUAUAUCCCUUUUUCUUUGUCUCCAAAUUUCUUGGCAACUGGGGAGAGAGUGCAGAAAUUAUCUAAGCACCUUAACUAUCUUUCUCUCCCCACCACACCUUUUUUCUUUAUUUAAAAGUAGAAACUGAAUUGUCUUCAGUUCUUCACAACAGUUUCCUGACUCUGGUUUCUGGUGGAAUUGAAGUCAUAAAACACUGUUGCUUUUUAAAAUCUAAUAUGGAACAAUUUUUUCUCAUAUAAUAUUCUUUCUUUUUUUUUUUACCCUCUUUCCCUCUGCUUCAUCCAUUUGCUAUAAUGAUUUGGGCUUUUACUCCAGAAUUUACGAUGAUGCUAUAGGCAGGGUGUUGUUAAGGUUCAUUUUCUCUUGAGUCCCCUCCCGCCCUUCUUCCCUCUUUCCCUUUCCUCCUCCCUCCCCCCUUCAUGUUAAAAAAAAAUGUCUUUUGUCUACAGCAGGAUGGUUCUAGCUCCAUUUUACCCUGUUACCCCUCUUCCAUGUUAGCUGUAAUACUGUUCUCUGUGAAUGGAAUGAGCCAGCUGACUGAGUGCUGGCAUCAUGCCAGGGGGUUGUGAGAAGAAAUGAGAGUGCGCGCUCUCGUGUGUGUAAGCAUAUACAGAACACAAAGGGAAAAGCCUGCAGUCUAAGAAAUCACAGCCACUUAUAUAAGGAAGUCUACGUCAUCUCUGCUUGCUUGGCUGUGGGCAAGGAGAAGGGGGAAGGCUUAAAUCAUAAGAUCUUUUUGACACACAUGCACACAUACACGUUUUAUUUGCUUUCUUAAAAUAGAUACUUGCAUUUCAGCAAUUAUGAGAGAAUGAGUGCUGGUUUACAAAUAGUAGUGGCCAUAUUCAUAGGGGUAGUAGUAACUUUUAAGAAGGGUGAGGGAGUUUGUUUUGGAUUUCUUUCUGCUCUCAUUCAGAGGUGUUUUUACUUGGGAAGGGCAUAACUAGAAGAGAAAUUUGCAUUAGAAGUUGAAUGGAUGUAAUUUGUUAAGAUACUUUUGGAAUUGGUACUGUUUCUAAUUCAGAAUUCUCAUAGGUUCCUGGAUGGGUGCGUGAGAGCGAUUGCACUUACCAAGAAGUAAAAAAGCCAGAUGAUAAAGCCAUUAGUGUUUAUAAGCUACUUUUUAAAAAUUCUUUUUCUUUAUUUUGUCUUGUAUAUAACAUUGUGUUUCUGCUGUCUGCUGUGGGGUUAUACACAAGAAAUAACAGUGUAUGGAAGGAAGGAUAAAUUUGAAAUUGUCCUAAGCUUCAAACUCUUUGUUUCCCAGGCUGGACUUGAACUUGUACUCCUGCUUCUGUCUUCCAGGUAUUGGGAUUACAGGAUGGAUAGAAUGACAGAAGAUGCUCUGCGCCUGAAUCUUUUGAAGAGGAGUUUGGACCCAGCAGAUGAGCGAGAUGAUGUUCUGGCAAAACGACUGAAAAUGGAGGGGCAUGAGGCCAUGGAACGGCUGAAAAUGUUAGCACUGCUCAAAAGGAAAGAUUUGGCAAAUCUUGAGGUGCCGCAUGAGUUACCUACUAAGCAAGAUGGCAGUGGUGUCAAGGGUUAUGAAGAGAAACUUAAUGGAAAUCUCAGGCCUCAUGGAGACAACAACAGGACUGCUGGAAGGCCCGGCAAAGAAAACAUCAAUGAUGAGCCUGUGGAUAUGAGUGCUAGACGGAGUGAGCCAGACCGAGGAAGGCUAACUCCUUCCCCAGACAUAAUUGUUUUGUCUGAUAAUGAGGCCUCCAGUCCCCGAUCCAGCUCCCGGAUGGAAGAGAGACUCAAAGCAGCCAACCUAGAGAUGUUUAAGGGGAAAGGCAUGGAGGAGCGGCAGCAGCUUAUCAAGCAACUGAGGGACGAGCUACGAUUGGAAGAAGCUCGCCUGGUGCUGCUAAAGAAACUGAGACAGAGUCAGCUACAGAAAGAGAAUGUGGUCCAAAAGACUCCAGUUGUACAGAAUGCAGCAUCUAUUGUUCAGCCAUCUCCUGCACAUGUGGGACAACAAGGCUUAUCUAAGCUUCCCUCCCGACCCGGGGCUCAAGGAAUUGAACCUCAAAAUAUGAGAACAUUACAGGGUCACAGUGUCAUCCGUUCAGCAACCAACACCACCCUUCCACACAUGUUGAUGUCUCAACGUGUUAUUGCACCAAAUCCAGCCCAACUUCAGGGCCAGCGGGGUCCACCGAAGCCUGGCAUUGUACGCACCACAACACCUAACAUGAAUCCUGCCAUCAGCUACCAACCAUCAAGUUCGUCUGUUCCUUGUCAGCGCACAACGUCUUCUGCCAUCUAUAUGAACCUUGCCUCCCAUAUCCAACCAGGGACUGUGAACAGAGUGUCCUCACCACUUCCUAGCCCCAGUGCCAUGAGUGACGCUGCCAACUCACAGGCUGCAGCCAAGUUGGCCCUUCGAAAACAGCUGGAAAAGACGCUCCUGGAGAUACCACCUCCAAAGCCUCCUGCUCCCUUGCUUCACUUCCUGCCUAGUGCAGCCAAUAGCGAGUUUAUCUACAUGGUAGGCUUGGAAGAAGUUGUACAGAGUGUCAUUGACAGCCAAGGCAAAAACUGUGCCUCACUUCUGAGGGUCGAACCCUUUGUAUGUGCCCAGUGCCGCACAGAUUUCACCCCUCACUGGAAGCAAGAAAAGAAUGGUAAGAUCCUCUGUGAGCAGUGUAUGACUUCCAACCAGAAAAAGGCUCUAAAAGCUGAACACACUAACCGGCUGAAAAACGCUUUCGUUAAAGCCCUACAGCAGGAACAGGAAAUUGAACAGCGAUUACAGCAGCAGGCAGCACUCUCCCCAACGACAGCUCCAGCUGUAUCCAGUGUCAGUAAACAGGAGACCAUCAUGAGACAUCAUACACUGCGGCAGGCUCCACAGCCCCAGAGCAGCCUCCAGCGUGGUAUACCCACAUCUGCCCGAUCCAUGCUUUCAAACUUUGCACAGGCACCCCAAUUGUCUGUGCCAGGUGGCCUCCUUGGUAUGCCAGGUGUCAACAUUGCAUACUUGAACACUGGCAUCGGAGGACAUAAAGCCCCAAGUUUGGCAGACCGGCAGCGUGAAUACCUUUUAGACAUGAUCCCUCCCAGGUCUAUAUCGCAGUCCAUCAGUGGGCAGAAAUAACGCCUGUUCCACUUGUACUGCCCAUCCUUGAAUCCUUUACCCAUUUCUCCCAUUGCCCCCAACUUCCGUCGCAUGCAGUGCCUGUACUGGUGCCUACCAUACAUGGAAAGCAAAACCGAAAAAAAACAGAAGACAAAAAUAGACAUCAACAAGAAAACACAUGCCCUGCCCUGCCCUGCCACCUCCCCUUUAUUCACACUGCUGCGAUCUGCUCUCCUGCUGCUCUGUCUUCUCUCUUCGAUUUCCUUUAACAGUGAGCUGGAUCUUUGCCUCUGAUAGAGGUCAGAAUGAGGUCCUGGGAGAAUUCAAGUCCUUUGAUGUGUGUUUCUAAAGUAUGUUUUAUGCUAUAAUUAUUAUCAUUUUUAAUUAUAUUGUGUGUUUUCCCUUUGUUCUGUAGACGGUUAACCCCAAUCUUCUGUUUUCUUUACUUCCCUACCACCCUCUGCUAACCCUCCUCCUUAUUGAAAAAAAGUAUAUAUAUAUAUAUAUAUAUAUAAAUGAUAUACAAUUCAAUGAUCACAUGCAGAUUGCAGUGGAUCCUCAGCUGCCAAUAGGAAAUAACUGAGAAUGUUAGGGACAGAGAUGUUGAGUGCACUUAACCUGAGUUGUGGAGUGGGUAUCAUCAGACAAAGAGGAAUAACAUCCCACCUAUGGUUGGUUAGGAUCUGGAGAGUUUAGGAGGCAGUGUUAUAGUAAUGAAGUUGAGCUCUGUGACAAUGAGUAAAAGAGCCUAGAGGGAAAAGCUUAAAAACAAAAACUACCUGUUGUUUAACCAUGGGCUAAGGGGAAGAGGGGUUACAUAAGCUCACUAGUGUCCCAAAGAGGGCUGCAGCCACGUCCUGACCCCAGUGAGGACACAGAAGUCUGUUCCAGGCCAACCAUCUUGAGAUUGUUUAUCUUAUUUUCUUUGUAAAAUUGUCUCUCAUCACACCUUCAUACCCUUUAACAAGUGUUCAUCUUCCUUCUAACCAUAGUCCCAGAGGAAUGGGUGUUUCCAGGCUGCAGGUGGCUGGGUAUCCUAGAAGUUGGAAUCGGUAUAUGUGGAUCAUGUGACAGAAAGGGAAACUAAACAUAGAGGAGGAGGAAGAGGUUUCUCCCCGAAGUUGAGAUUCUAGCAUGUUUCUAUACCUGUACCCUCUGAGUGCUGAGAGAUAACGGGUGUAGACCCCCCCAAUCAGGUUGGUAUUCCACUCUGACUCUGCUAUGCUGGCUGUAGAUCCAACUCCUUAGAGCCAAGCAGUUUGUCAAACCAGUUUUGGACCUUAGUUAUACAAGUAUUGUCCUCUCCCAAAAUUUUGUUCAUUUUGCCUUUUUUUUUUCUUGCCUUUUUUUUUUUUUUUUUGGCACUAUUAAUGUAGAGAAUAAAUUGAAUUGUGCAAUGUCGCUGUUCUGAGGUUAGGGAGGUUAUUAACAUCCUGUUUGCCCACACUGUGGCAAGGAGGAAGGGAGGGGACCAAGCUGUUUUUGAGGUAAGGGAAACCUGAAAAUGAAGGGUCUUUGCUUUCCUCAGAUUGUACAUGUAGUAAAACCUGCCUCUACAGCCCUAGAAGCUGUCAGAGUGUACUAGGGACACUUUGAACAAAGAUGUAUGAGGAGUUUUAUAAUAUUUUGCCCUUGAUAACCACCUGGGGAAAUUCCCUCAUUUUUAUUUUUAAAAACUAAAUUUUUUUAAAGUAAGAAGGCACUUUUAAAAUUACACACACACACACACACACACACACACACACAAAUACACAAACUAUACACCUUUCCCAUAAAAUUUGGGGGUAGGGUGGGAAAAGAAGCUAAAUCAAGCUCAAUCCCCCCACUCUGGUCUCUUCUUUCCCAAUACCCCAGUGCCACUGUGGGUGAUUAUACUGGCCCUACGGGUCUUCCUGGGUUUUUUCUUUCUUCCCUUUCCCUCAAAUGUAUUGAGCACUUAAUAAAGGAGCAGAGAUACAACUGUGUCUGGGCUCUCCAAGUGGUGAAAUGACCUGGAAGCUAGAUGCUAGUAACAAGUAGUUUGAGCAGGUCAUUUCAAGUAUUUUUCUGGGGAAUGUGGUGCCCCUGACUGUAAGUGGUGGGGGAGGGGGGCUAAUGGAGCUGGGGUUGGGAUUAUUUUAAAAUUAUAUAUAUAUAUAAAAAGAUAUAUUCUUACAUCUUUUCCUUGCCCUCUGUGCUUUGAAAGCACUGAAUAAAUUGAUCUGUUUUUCUCUUCCACAAAAUUGGAAGAUUUUUUUUUCUUCCAUUUUUUAAAUGUUCUUACCAGUCAUCUUGCCUCGUGGCAUGUCUGUCUAACCUCUCCCUACCCCGUGAUGAAGUGCCAUUUCUGUUAAGUCUCCCUGACCCCCAACUCAGAGGUGCUCAGAGGUACAAGGUGCCCAAGUUUGUCAGUUGAGAUUAAAAGGAACAGAGAAUGUGCAAUACCGUCCAGCUGGGGCCUGUCCUUGCCCUGAGCUAGGUCCUCUCCCUGGGAGCCAGGCCACUUUGACUAGGGUUUGGAGGUAAGAUGUAUGGAAAUGGGGAGUGGUGGCAAGGAGAGCCUAUAGUUCAGUGCCUGUUUAGGUGCUGAGGCCAUAGGGAAGAGGGUAGGGUCUUCCCUGUUUUUAUCCCUUCAGGGUCAAUUACAUAGAAGCUGCUUAUAAUACUAGUAUAGCUCUGUGGCCCUUUGCUCAGUCACUGAGGUUUGAUUUCUCAUCCUCUUUCCCUAUCAUCAUACUCUUCCCAGGAAUUAGCAAGAGGGGUGAAAUCUUUCUUAAUCAUGGUAAAGUAUUAGCCUUCCAUCUCCUCCCUUAGGUUCUGCCCUGUCCCCCUUUCUUAAAGCCUCUACAUUUUACAUCACUGAUUGCCUUGUGUCCUUCCAAGACUUUUUUUUGUUUUUGUUUUUUGUUUUAAUUAACUCCCAUCCUCCAGCUGUGGGCCCUUGUAGACACUAGCCCUCACGCCCUAAGGAUAGGAGGAAAGACCCUGAGUUCAGUGUUCUUUACCACUGGACUCAAACUCUCAGCUAUCAGUAGAGUGGGGAUCAAACCAGUACAAUCUAGCUUCCUCUAGACCUUGAGGCACUACAAGCAGUCAUUCAUGGAUGGUGUCUUAUUCCACAGCAACCUGAAACGGGUGGAUUAGUGGCAAGGCUGGGGUAAAAUUAGGAGACAGAAGUCCUUAUUUGUCGGUUUUAUUUUGUCAGUAGACCACAACAUCUGAACUCCCUCCAUUGCUGAAUAAGUAUUUUUCCUGCAUUAUGAGAUAUAUGUAUGGUAGACAUUUCUUUUUAAAGACCCCGAGAUAAAUGUUUUCCUGCCUUGGUUACCUUUCCUUUCCCCUUUAAGAGGAAUUAGCUAUAGAACCGCUUUGUAAAGAUGCUUCUUGAUAUUUUACUUUUGUUCCUUUCCCCAACCAUUCCCACUUCCCCUUCUCUCCACAGCCCCGAUCCCACUCAUCCUAGGCUCCCUUCCUUUCCAUCAAGAUCUUCAUUAGCUUAUGAUAUUUGCUGCCGAGAUGUUAUAACAAGGACUCAUUCAUGUAUAUAAGCUAUUUCUUGAUCCAUUUAAAAGGAAUUGUACAUUGUGUAGAAAAAAAAAAAACAUGAAAAAGAGAAAAAAAAAAAAAGCCCUAGCCAUGGAUAUUGUGAAACUGUGUUAUGUCAUUUUGUAAUGUGCCCGUUUGUGUAUGAUCCGUGCAAAAGGGUUUCUGGGGAAGGGGAGGGUGGAGGGAGGCAGGACUGUGGAGGGUGGGGAGAGGAGUGGGCCGGGCCCAGCACACUGAGACUGGCAGCUGCUCCAACCCCAUCCCUCCCUUAAAGAUGCCACCUCCCCCACCACCCACCCCUAUUUUGUGCCUUGCCCUCCCCACCCUGGAGUAAUCUCUCCAGGUCACCAGCACUGCCUUGGCAGAGCCCACUCCCUACCCCAGCCUGCCCACUCUUCCUACCCCAGCAUUAGGUUGAUAAUGUGGGAAAGUGCUGGAGGUUGGGAGGUAGCCGAGGAAUGGGGCAGUUCCUGGGGGCAUUGAAACCAAGUAUUAUUAUGAAUUGUAAUUGUAUUUGCACUGUUUUCCCCCUCUGAUUGCAUCAGCAUAUAUACAAUAUACCUAUAUAACAAAACCCAGUGUCAAAGCUUUCUUAUGCAAGGGAUUUUCCCAACCCUUCAGAAAAAGAACCUCAUGGACUUCUAAAAGGGUAGGUUGUCAGGAGAUAGUAGAAUAGUAGAAAGAAAGAAUUUUAAUUGUCCUAAGGAAGUUCUGUCCGAACCAUUUAAGGAUAUGUGAUUGAGUUGAGGCUGUCUCCUGUAAAUUAUAGGGCUCCAGGUCCAGGACAGUACAAAGAAUCCAGGACACAAGGAGGCACAGUGUGGAUACCUGGGGCCUACUGACUUGCUGGGUGAGCUUUGGUGAAACUGGUAUCUUCAACCAGUGAAUCGAGGGAGAAAACCACUGACCUCCAUGCUCUAAAUUCCACAAUUCUUCCCCCAUCUGCCAAAAAGCAAAAAGCACCUUGAGAUGAGGGAAGUGCUGGGCUGAGAGACCAGGGAGGAAACAAAAGUGGCGUGCUAGUGUUACUUGUGUGACUGUAAAGUUUGGAAAGUUGCCAGUCCCUUGGUUCAGGAUUGGUAUGGGAGAAGUAGUGAUACAGGGUGCUGGGCUGAUGGCAUCUUGGCCCUUGUGUUUCUAGCCAUGUUGUGACCAGCCUCCAAGCCUCACCUCACAAUCACAAUCCUUAAGGGUGGUUAACCAGCAAACACCCCCCAGGUUGGUAAUCUAGUUGUGAGCUAUAGGAUGUGGAAAUUUCCCUCAUCUUGGUAACAAGUAGGGCUCAGAUGUAGCCCAUAUCUUUCCUUCCCUCAGAUCUCAUCUGAACCCCCAAAGGCAACUGUUCCACAGUCUGUCUCCUUCAAAGGCCCAGUUUAUCCCUCCCCCCAGCCCCCCACCCCACCCCACCCCCAAUUUCCUGAGCUGAGUAUUUCUAUUCUCUAGUUAUUGCCAUUAAAGCCUGGAAAAAACAUAGGUUGAUGGGUGAGGCCUUGGUGAAGGUGGAGGAUAGAUUGGGGUGGGUGGUGGGGAGCAGGGAGGUGGGGUGGCAAUGGCCUUCCCUGAAUAGGGUGGGUGGGAGGGAACAAGACCCUUUUGCACAACUCUCUUUUAAGUUUCCUUUUUUUCUUUUCUUUUUUUUUUUUUCUUUUUUUAACUCAUUCUAAUUUUCUGCAUUGUGUUUGGGAAAUAAAAUGAAAAAAAAAAACAAACUAAGACCAAUAGGAACUGGUUUUCAAAAGGUAAAUACACUCCCAUCUGUUUCAGAGGCUGCUGAGCAUUUCAGCAGUGAAGAUUCAAAUAAUAAGCUAAUUUUUGGAGAAAGGAUUAAAAGAAAAAACUUUGUAAUAUUUAUCACUUGCAAGCUAUGUUUAAUAAAGAAAGGAAUGGUUUCUAAGC